CAGGGUUAUGAUUACAGCCGGUGUGGAAACCCUACCCGAACCUGCCUGGAGAAGGCUGUGGCUGUGCUGGAUGGAGCGAAAUACUCUUUGGCCUAUGCUUCUGGCUUAGCUGCUACUUUGAAUAUUACUCACCUAUUAAAGGCAGGAGAUACAAUUAUCUGUAUGGAUGAUGUCUAUGGAGGUACAAACAGAUACUUCCAGCAAAUAGCUGUGAAAAUGGGUUUAAAAGUAAUUUUUGUGGACUGUACAAAAUUGAAAUGCCUGGAAGCUGCAAUUACACCUGAGACUAAGCUUGUUUGGAUUGAAACGCCCACAAACCCCACACUGAAGGUCAUUGAUAUUCAGGGCUGUGCUGACUUGGUCCAUAAGCACAAAGAUAUUCUGCUGGCAGUAGACAACAGUUUUAUGUCUGCAUGUUUCCAGCGUCCUUUGUCCCUGGGAGCUGACAUCUGUAUGUAUUCUGCAACCAAGUACAUGAACGGGCACAGCGAUGUUGUAAUGGGGCUCGUUUCAGUAAAUCGUGAUGAUCUGUACGAAAGGCUCAAAUUCUUACAAGGCUCUCUGGGAGCCAUUCCAUCUCCCUUUGACUGCUACCUGUGCAACCGGGGUUUGAAGACUCUGCAGCUGCGGAUGAACCAACACUUCCACAAUGCUUUGGCUGUGGGUCGAUUCCUUGAGUCAAAUCCCCGAGUGGAGAAAGUCGUUUACCCUGGAUUGCCUUCCCACCCUCAGCACGAGCUGGUCAAGCGGCAGUGCACUGGCUGUCCUGGGAUGCUGUCGUUUUACAUUAAAGGAAAUCUCAAACAUGCUACCAUCUUUCUGAAGAGCAUAAAGGUGUUCACGCUGGCUGAGAGCCUGGGAGGAUAUGAAAGCUUAGCAGAGCUUCCGGCUGUCAUGACUCAUGCUUCAGUGCCUAAAGAAGAUAGAGAAGCUCUUGGAAUCAGUGAUACAUUAAUUCGCCUGUCGAUUGGUUUGGAAGAUGAAGAAGAUUUACUGGAAGACCUAGAUCAAGCUCUGAAAGCUGCAGUCCCAGACCCUAAAGCUCUGAAAUGACAACUGAAACCUGAAGUUGGAAGUUAGAUGUUGAAGCAUCUAAAGAAGAUGAUGCAGAAAAUCAAAUUGCUAACAUUUUUCUUUGCUGUACCUUUGAGAACUGAAAUCUAUUCAAUCAAACUCUGGAUUUCUGGGGAGUUGUCACUUUGUAGUGCCAUGCUAUUCUGGUUGUACACUGCUGCGCACAUUGAUAUGAAUCCUGUGCUGUUCUGUGUGUCCAUUUCUGCUGUGCUGUAAUCCUCUGUCUUUGGGAUUGCUGGGUCAGUAACUUGUGUUUGAGAGCAGCCAUGAGACACACUCAGGAAUAUUAUCAUGAUUUUCUCUCUAGGGAGAUGGAUGUUUCUGAUUUGCCUUACUAAUGCUUUAGGGGUUUAGCUCAGUGUGAUUUGUUUCUUCUCUUUGGGAUGCAAAAUUGUGUUCUUCUCAUCUCUUCUAAUCCAAGAGUUUAACCUCAAUAUUGCUGAUAACAUUUAGAUAUUUUUUUUUAAUGAGCUUUUGAAAUCUGGAUUAGUAAUUUUUCACCUCAUGAGAUUGUAUGAAAUACUGAAGCAAAAUUCAAUACCUGGUAAACAGUGGUAACUUUAUAAAGGUGAUUCUCUGACUUAAAAAAAAUAAUAAAAUAAAUCUAAUUGUGCUAAUAUUUAGUUUUUAGAAUUAGGAUCGUUCUGAUUAAAAUACACUUUGAAUCUCUCUGA